AUGGCAACCAAUAAUGCAACGAGCAAUACCGGUACCAUAGGGAGCAGCCAGAGAGUCCCUGAUGAUCCACUCCGUCAGUGGGAGAUUGAUGAGAGUCAUGAUCGAUUCCAGUGGAAGCUCGCUUGGCCCAGUGACCACAACCUGCACAUACAGUUUGCCAUUUUGGCCACCAUCAAUGCUGUUGUGGCCGUGGCGUGUCUGAUUUUGAUACUCUCUCUUUUGAGAUAUCGCAAGGUCCGACGAAAUCCCUUCAAUUUGUACAUUCUCUUUAUUGCCAUUCCAGACUUCAUGACUUCAUUUCUCUGUUUCCUUACCUGUACCUUUUCGGCUGCCAAGGGACACUACUACUCGGAAUGGAUGUGCAGUUUUCAGACCUUUUAUUUGGCCUUUGGCUUUACGGCCAAUUGCUGGAUGAAUGCUGUCAUUGUCUAUGAAGUUUACAGAUUACUUCGAUUAUCCUCUAGACGAGAGCGCUACCUUCCUCCUACACGCACCCAAGUUUACCGACAAGUUGCAGUGGUCUACAUCUACGCCACAUUUUGGUCACUGCUGGGAGUCUGGAAGAUUCCAUUUUUACCCCAUGAUACGCUGCUAUUGUACGGCAUUGCUUGCUUUCCACACGAAUAUGAUCAAGCAAGAAACUUUGUCAAUCUCUCAGAAUGGUGGUUUUGGGCCGGGGCAGCCUGGAGUCAUAUUCAGGGAUUAGUGUCUGCAAUGGUGGCGGCGACGAGACCGCAAAUUUGGGGAGCGAUUGUGGAUUGCUUUCGGUGUGUGUCUGAAGAAAAUAGAGCUCGUGUGCCGUCGGGGGAUUCGUGGUUUGCCUUUCGGUUGGCGCGAUCCUUUCGACGACGCUCCAUCCAAGAGUCAGCACAUGUGCAGGGUUUGGGUGGAAUCGACAACGUUUCCUUGCCCCUAGGAUCACCGCCUCUACAUGAUGUAAUUCAGGGUUGUGGGGAUGGUGGGGAUGAAUCGGACGAGGAAGUUCUAUCCUUGAUGCGAGAGCAGGAGGAAGAACUCGCUGACGGGGGUGGGGAUAGGAAUACGAAACCAAGAGAACUUCCCAGUACACAAACUGAGGGGAUUAGCACAGAACCUACCAGGUCGUAA